UCGCCCAAGAGGAGUCCCACUCGACGCCGGCCCUGUUGACCACCGGAGGUCCGAACGUGGGCAACUCGGCCGUUUCCCUAGGCAUCAUUCCAGAGCACUCGUUGCUGGAGUCCUGCGCGCGACUCUCGGUGUCGCUCGAGGGCCCCGGCAUCUUCAACGUGCAAAAGUCCAGCUGUUCCUCGUCGUCGCACUCGUCCUCGUCGACGACGACCCGGUCCGGCUCGCAGCAUCACAUGACCCUGGACGAACUGCGGGCGGUCAACCGGUACGCCGAGAGCACCAAGAGCCUAUCCUUCCUACCUCAGCAGGUCCACGAGCGGCAGGCGGCCCGAAUGCGCACCCGAUCCGAGUGGUUCCUGGGGGCACGCGGUGGUUCCCUGGAGCUGUGCCACCCGCAAAUCGUCACCUCUACGCCCAUCCCGGGCAGCAUCCUAGGCAGUGGGGGCGGAGGACCAGGACCUGGACCCGGACACCACCACCACGGCAUUAUCGUGGGAAACGUCGGUCUGAGUGCGUCGGCCGAGUCGGUCCAUCACGUCAAGCGACCCAGCCGUCGAGGUUCCCGCCAUGGCCACCUGCACCGCAGUUCAUCCCGGCGGAACAAAGAAAAUGGUUCUUCGCGGUCCAACAGUUUCCGCAGCAAAAACGCCACUGCCAAGGGAAGUGGUGGCGCCAGUGGCGGCGCUGCCAGUGAUGCCAACAAUCUGGGCAACAGCAGCGUUGCCAACGUGACGGCACCCAAGGAGCACAACCGGAUCCGAAAGCAGCGGGCGGUGUCGUUCGAGCAGACGUCGGCCCUGACCGGAACCACGAUGACAACCUCGGCCUCCGGCUGUCCGAUACUAGUCGUCGGGCCGAUGAUCAAUCCGAAAUGGCACGAGCACGCUUCGAAGUCGCUGGACGAGAAGAAGCUGCUCAGCAAGCAGAACAACAUCGGUGGAGGCGGCGUCGGCGGAUCGCUGAUGGAUGGCGAUACGGAUCUGGUCCGGGGCGAUCAGGGGCCGGGAGGUGCCGAUAGCGACGGGGAUUGGCACAUGAUGGACCAAAGCCAGACGCCGAGUCAGGCGCAUCAACAGCAGACGGCUCCAAGUUCGGUUGGCGGUGGGGGCGGCGGAGCGGCGCCCAGUUCACUGUUACAUCACUUCAAGCCACCGCGGAUAUGAAUGUAAGGUACGAUACACAUUGACGUAGGUUUAAGUUGGGUGGGGGAUAAGGAGGCGGAUCCAGGGUCGGAUCCGGGGUCGAAUAAUUCGAUUUCAUUCUUUUUUAUUUAAUUUUAGUGUCUAUUAACGUAGAUGUGUGAGUGCGUGAGAAAGGUAUGUCAUCAGAGAAGAAUCGCGUGCGCGUGUUUGACGUUUAGUUAGACAAAUUACGGAAAUUUUUUACUAUACAAGGUACGUCUUUUGUGUAACCAAGAACUGAUUCAUUACUUUUUGUGAAACUGAUCAGUGAAAGAAGUCAUGAUGGAUUCAGAUUUGUUAGAGGUGUUUUCUGUGCUAAGGUGCAAAAAUAUAAUAAACAGAAUGAUGCAGUAAGAUGAAAAAGAUGGGGUAAAUCGGUGAAAAUGAGCGAUAUUUUAGCUCGUAAUGCGUACGGCGACCAACACUUAGUUCUACUUCAUCGAUUAUCUUUCACUUCAAGUAGAAGUUGUGUGAAAUAUUCGAAUGACAAGUAAAUCAUAUUAAAACGGCCAAUAUCUAACGAUCUACAAAUAAGUAAACUUAUCUUUCUACGGUUGGCUUUUUGGACAAGAUAAAUUCAAAGCGGGUGAUUGAAGACGACCCAAAGGUCUAAACCGGAAAUAGCUUGCGAUUGAAAAAAGCGAAUACAUAUUCAAAAGUUGUAUGGCCAUGUAGGGUAUGUGUUCCAUCAGUAAUCUCACGCUCCCAUAUUCAUCCUAUUCGAAAACAAGCGAUUAAAACACCGAUUGAUUCCGUUCUUUUUGUUUUCAUGCGUGCUCACUCCUAACAAAAAAUACAAAAAUAAUAAACAAAACAAACAACGCUUCAAUCCUUUGUUUUUCGUAGGAUGAAAAUGGGAGCCACAUGCUUAAAAAGGGAACCAGUACCCUAUAUGUAAAUAUAAGGUACAUAGAAUUAAUGGGAAAGAUCUCUCCAAGUUCUAUUUCAUCAGACAAUCGCACACACGCUUUGAUUUCUUUCCAUUUAUGUGCCAAGAAAUCCACUUUAUCGCUAGUGCUACUCAUUGCUUGUCUCAUAUUCCUUACUUGUCAGUCACCUAUUGUGUUUUUUUCUCUCUUCGAACUACGUACUCCUGGCAAAUAAUCCUCCGAAACUAGCCACGCUCGCGACAAUGUUUACUUUUCGUCUCAAAUGCUUCCUAACGAACGACAAUCCCGGCAAGAAAUCUUCUGGAUCUAGCCGUGCUAAGGACAAUGUUCCGCUUUUUGCGUUGAAUAACUCACUCCCGGCAAGGAAUUUUCUAAAUCUAGCCGCAUUGAAGCCACUGUUGAAUUUUGCGUCUAACACUCAGGAACAUUGUGGAGAUUCUUCCUAGAUUCUACUCAGGGAUUUGUCUUGAAAGUUAUCCAAAAGAUUCUUCAAAAAAUUCUACAGAGAUCCCCUCAGAUUUCGAAACGGUCUUAUUUUUUCCAGACAUUUCAGCUAAGGAUUUCAUAGGGAACUUUAUCAACAAACUCAGUAGAGUUUCCUCAAGAGGUUAGCAAGAAAUUUGCAAAUACCCCGUUAUAAAAAUGAGUCAACAAACAAACAAACAAACAAACAAUCAGGAAAUCUUCCAGGCUUUCUACUAGAACUUCCUUCUUCUUCUUUAUGGCUCGACGUUCUCACUUUAACUUGGCUGGCCUCUCUUCAACUUAGUGUUCUUUGAGCACUUCCACAAUUAUUAAUUGAAGGGCUUUCUUUGCCUGUCAUUGCAUGCAUUUGUAUAUUGUGAGGCAAGGAUAAUGAUACACUAUGCCCAGGGAGUCGAGAAAAUUUUCCAGACUGGAACGGGAUUCGAACCCGCCGUCUCCGGAUUGGCGAUCCAAAGCCUUAAUCACUAGGCUAAACGGAGACCCCCCAGCUAACACGAAAUCUUAUAUGAUGUUGAAUAGGAUGCUAAAGGGGAGGCCAUAUGCGUACCUGCUUCCAUUUAACCACGUGUAAAGUGUGCGUAUAUCGCCUCCACUUUUGCAUCCUAUACACCAUCAUAUGCGAUCGUGUGUUGACUGAGCCCUCCGUAUGCUUAAUUAAAGAAUCCUGAUGAGGCAUGUGUUGAAGUGUGCCACUUAUCGUUGAAUCACGUCAGCAGAAUAUUCACUAAAGAGUGUGAUUCCUCCAAAGACGCCGAGAUUUCCUUGCGGAAUGAACUAAGAGAUUUUUUUUUAUUUGUUUUAUCUGUGUUAACGAGAUUUUUAGCCCUAGGCUAGUUCAUCUCGGGACCCACGCUUUACUUCGAUCCCAGAUCCUCGGCGUGAUAGUCAAGUGUUCUAACCAUUUCACCAGGUCCGCUCCAACUAAGGGAUUAUUUUUGAAGUUUUGGCAAGAAUAAUUCGAGGAAAUCUAGAUUUCAGUUUUUUUUAUCUGAAUUACUAUUGAAAUGUCGUCGGAGAUUCAGCAUUUUACCAGGGAAAUUCCUGGACAAGGCAUUCCUCCGCAAAUUUUUUGUCGAUAUGGUGAAACACGGGAA